AUGAGAAACAAAAUGUGGUUUUUUCUGUGCCUAGUUUUUAUGGAAUGCUAUCUGGCUAUGGCACGGGGUAUUGUGGUGCAAGAGAAAUCAGAUGCAGCAAUUCCAGUGACAACAUUGUCACCACCAGAAGGCAACACUACAUUCAUUGAUGGCACAACAUGGUGUGUAGCUCUUGCUGGUGUUUCUCAAGCUGACUUGCAGAAUGCUCUUGAUUGGGCUUGUGGACUUGGAACAGCAGAUUGCACAGCCAUUCAACAAGGUGGACCAUGUUUUGAACCAGACACACUUGUAUCUCAUGCAUCUUUUGCUUUCAACAGCUAUUAUCAGACAAAUGGGAAUUCUGAUAUUGCAUGCAAUUUUGGAGGAACUGCUACUUUGACCAAACGUAAUCCCAGUUAUGGAAAAUGUCUCUAUUCUUCACCUGGAUCUGAAGGUUCUUCUGCUCCACCUUCAUUGAGGAAGCAUAACCAAAGCUUGAUCUGGUCGAAACUUGCUACCCUGCUACUGCUUUCAUACUUUUGGAUGUGA